UCCGCGGCUCCGGGCUGGGCGCUCCGAGGAUGGAGAGAGCCAUGGAGCAGCUCAACCGGCUGACGAGGUCCCUGCGCCGCGCCCGCACCGUGGAGCUGCCGGACGAUAAUGAAACUGCUGUCUAUACACUGAUGCCGAUGGUUAUGGCUGACCAGCACAGGUCUGUGUCAGAGCUUCUGUCAAAUUCAAAAUUUGAUGUGAAUUAUGCCUUUGGACGUGUGAAGAGAAGUUUGCUUCAUAUUGCAGCAAACUGUGGAUCAGUUGAAUGCCUGGUUCUUUUACUAAAAAAAGGAGCUAAUCCAAACUAUCAGGACAUCUCAGGAUGCACUCCUCUCCAUUUAGCAGCAAGGAAUGGCCAGAAAAAAUGUAUGAGCAAGCUGCUGGAAUACAGUGCAGAUGUCAACAUUUGUAAUAAUGAAGGCUUGACUGCAAUUCAUUGGUUGGCUGUCAAUGGACGAACAGAAUUGCUUCAUGAUCUUGUUCAGCAUGUCAGUAAUGUCGAUGUUGAAGAUGCCAUGGGACAGACAGCCCUUCAUGUAGCUUGUCAAAAUGGACACAAGACAACGGUGCAGUGUUUGCUGGACAGCGGUGCAGAUAUAAACAGGCCGAACGUUUCUGGGGCGACUCCACUUUAUUUUGCUUGCAGCCAUGGUCAGAGAGACACUGCACAAAUUCUUUUGAUGAGAGGAGCCAAAUAUUUACCAGACAAGAAUGGUGUUACUCCACUGGAUCUCUGUGUACAGGGUGGUUAUGGAGAGACUUGUGAAGUCUUAAUACAGUACCAUCCUCGGCUUUUCCAGACAAUAAUCCAAAUGACACAGAAUGAAGAUCUGCGGGAAAACAUGUUGCGGCAAGUUCUGGAGCACUUGUCUCAGCAGAGCGAAAGCCAGUAUCUUAAAAUCUUGACAAGUCUUGCUGAAGUUGCUACAACAAAUGGUCACAAAUUGCUCAGCUUGUCAAGUAAUUAUGAAGCUCAAAUGAAGAGUCUCUUAAGGAUCGUGAGGAUAUUUUGCCAUGUCUUUCGCAUUGGCCCAUCCUCUCCCAGUAAUGGAAAUGACAUGGGCUACAAUGGAAAUAAAACUCCAAGAAGUCAGGUGUUCAAGGUCAGAAAAGUAUAUGAUGUUGUUAGGAAGAUAGACGUUAAAGAGAUGAAUGUCACAAAGCAUGCAUUCAUUAAUCAGACAUCUCAUGAACAGGAACCGCUGGAACUGCUCUGGCAUUCCCUGGAUGAAUGGCUUGUUCUGAUAGCCACAGAGCUGAUGAAAAACAAAAGGGACUCUGCCAACAUUACUUCUAUUUUAUUGAAGCAAAAAGGACCAGAUCACCAAGAUGCUACUCCUGCACCUCCUUUUGCCACUGCAGGAACUGAGGGAAGAAAAGAGCUGUCCACUGAUGCUGUCGAGUUAAAAGCAUAUGAUGUUGCUGGGAAGCAGGAAGCUUGUGCUGAUUGUCAGGAUGUUAUCUCCAUGACAGCAAAUAGACUAAGUGCUGUCAUUCAAGCCUUCUAUAUGUGCUGCUCCUGUCAGAUGCCUCAGGGGAUGACGUCACCUCGUUUUAUAGAAUUUGUUUGUAAACAUGAUGAUGUCCUUAAGUGUUUUGUUAACCGAAAUCCCAAAAUAAUUUUUGAUCACUUUCAUUUUCUUCUGGAGUGUCCUGAACUAAUGUCCAGAUUUAUGCACAUCAUAAAAGCUCAGCCAUUUAAAGAUCGCUGUGAAUGGUUCUAUGAACAUCUGCACGCUGGGCAGCCAGAUUCAGACAUGGUGCACAGGCCUGUCAAUGAAAAUGACAUACUUCUGGUUCACAGAGAUUCUAUUUUUAGGAGUAGCUGUGAAGUUGUGUCUAAAGCAAACUGUGCAAAAUUAAAGCAGGGAAUUGCUGUGAGAUUUCAUGGAGAAGAAGGCAUGGGACAGGGUGUAGUGCGUGAAUGGUUUGAUAUCUUAUCCAGUGAAAUAGUUAACCCAGAUUAUGCCUUGUUUACCCAGUCAGCUGAUGGAACAACUUUCCAGCCGAACAGCAACUCUUCUGUAAAUCCAGAUCAUUUGAACUACUUCCGUUUCGCAGGCCAGAUCCUGGGGCUGGCUCUGAAUCACAGGCAGCUGGUGAACAUCUACUUCACAAGGUCAUUCUACAAACAUAUUCUUGGCAUACCUGUAAAUUAUCAGGAUGUAGCAUCCAUUGAUCCAGAGUAUGCAAAGAACUUGCAGUGGAUUUUAGAUAAUGAUAUCAGUGAUCUGGGUUUAGAGCUGACCUUCUCUGUUGAGACCGAUGUGUUUGGAGCAAUGGAAGAAGUACCAUUGAAGCCAGGGGGUGCAAGUAUACUUGUUACACAGGAAAACAAGGCUGAGUAUGUCCAGCUUGUGACAGAGCUCAGAAUGACAAGAGCCAUUCAGCCUCAGAUAAAUGCCUUUUUACAAGGCUUCCAUAUGUUCAUUCCACCAUCUUUGAUCCAACUUUUUGAUGAAUAUGAACUGGAGCUUUUGUUGUCUGGCAUGCCAGAAAUUGAUGUUAAUGACUGGUUAAAAAAUACAGAAUAUACCAGUGGCUAUGAGAGAGGGGACCAAGUUAUUCAGUGGUUCUGGGACGUGGUGGAAGAGCUAUCUCAGGAAGAGAGAGUGCUACUAUUACAGUUUGUUACUGGCAGUUCCAGGGUGCCUCAUGGUGGCUUUGCCCACAUAAUGGGUGGCAGCGGAUUGCAAAAUUUUACUAUUGCUGCUGUACCAUAUACUGCAAAUCUUUUACCAACGUCAAGCACAUGUAUCAACAUGCUCAAGUUACCUGAAUAUCCAAGUAAAGAAAUCCUGAAAGACAGGCUUCUUGUGGCAUUGCACUGUGGAAGCUAUGGUUACACAAUGGCAUAAUGAAGUCCAGAAAACCCAUCUGACUGUUAAUGUGCAGUUUUGAGUGGCAGAAGUAAUUUUGGAAACUGUCAAUAGGAAAGCAUCUUAGAUGCUGCAGCCCUUUGGCAGGGGUGGGCUUCAGAACUGGCACAGCAUCAUCAGCUUUUCCUUCAUUAUUGUGUUGUCAAGGUAGCUCUGAUACCAUUGUAACAAACUUCUCAAUAUGCUGUAUUUUCAUUUUUUAAAAUUACAGAUCUGUGUGGAAAUCAGUUUACAUGCUUUUCAUUAUUACUUCAAUCUGAGAAAGUUUUUCAGAAUCUCUUUCCACAGUUUACAUUUGAUUUCCUGCUACAUGGUUGAAUGACAUUUGCAUUGCAGUUUACUUUUCACUCAGAUGGAAUACUGCAAAUUAAAAGAGUUGUACUUUAUGCCUUGUUGCAUGUGAAAGUGCCAUUUAUUUUUGCAGACCACUACAGAAAUUUCAAUUGGAAUAUUGUACAGUAAGAGCUGAUGUAUUUUCCAUUUCUUUGCAUAGCAACAGAAAAAAAAUUUUAUAACUUUUUAGUAUUCUAAUGUGUAUAA